UAAAAUGGUCAUUUACUUUGUCAUUUAUUGAAAUUAUCCCUGCAAACAAACUGGUUUAAUGUGUUUUUAAUGUUCUGUGUGCUCAGUCUACUAUGAUGACUACAGUUAAUGCCAUUAUAAUUCAGUCGACUGAUGGUUUUAACAGUGAACGCUUAUUGCGGUUGGUAAUGACUGUUACCAACUGAAAGUUUAAGAACGAGGUGUUUGGAUGCAAGGUUCAUCCCAUUCCUCAUCAGUGACUUAAAAGAAAGUAGAUCUAAGUUCAGUCUUCAGACUGGGUUGUGCACCUUUGUCAAACUCAAGGCACGAGGGCCAAAUAUGGCCGCCAAGUUAUUUUACUUGGCCCGCAAGAGCUUUCAGUUUGUGGCUCAUAUUACGUUUACGUUACGUUCGCAGGCCAAACAAACAGUCCAUGACUGGAACACGAGAGUCAAACUAGUAACAAAGUAGUAGUAACAAAGCGAGUAAAUAUGAAAAACUGAAACUAAAUCAUGCCGUUUAAGUGACUUUUGAGAUGUAAACAAUUUUCUGCGUUUAAUAUUCUCAAUGCUGGUGAGUUACUAAGCAUUUUAUGACGGAUUGUAAGCUACUCCCUGUGGUUUGUUCAGUAAUGCAUCAAUUGUGCAAAGCACUUCUUUUUUGCAUCAACUUUUUGUUUGUGGAAGUUUCCUGGUGAAUUUUGACCUUAAUAUUUUGCCAUUUCUCAAAUAUCAGCAGGUAAUGCAGUUUAUGCAGGUGAUAAUCUAGGUUUUGGUAAAACUUUUUAGUUUUCAGCUGGCUAAAUAGAUUAAAACUCUUUAUGGCCAGUUGAAAUUAUUUACCAUAGUUGGCCAUAUUUGGCCCCUAGACCUUAAGUUGGGCACGCAGGAGCUUUAAACCAAAACCGGAUAAUGAAAGAAACAUUCAUGUGCAGAAUCUCACUUGCAGCACUGCACAACUAUUUUAAGACAAGAUCAGGUUUAUUUGACAUAAACAGAUGUGUAAAACAUCUUCAGGCAUCAGAUGUAUUGUUGAAAUAACUUUUUUAUGACAUCAGUUUAUCAGUUUAUGGCAUCAGCCAUGAUUUUGAACUAACAACUUAAAAAAAUAACUGCGGAUGUUGUAUUACAGUUGCUGUUUGUUCUGUUGUGAGCAACUAAAGUGUGGUUUGAAUUAUACUCUAGUUUUGAAGACAACUCCCUUCCUUAAGUCGAAUCUGUUUUUAAAUAUACUCUUCCAGUUAGCGCGGAAACUACAUUAGUCAAAUCAAUGAAGUACUGUCACUCGAGAUGGGAGGGGAAAGACGCAGCACUCUCACCCCCCCAAACUCUCCUCACUCAUGUGAGUGCGUGCCUGUGUGGGACACCGGCUUCCCCUGGCCUCUCAUUUUCAUCUCCCACUCAUCUUCUCCCUCUCUCUUGAUUUUUCGCCUCUCCCUCUCUUCCUCCUCCGUCCACUUCCUGGGAGGCUUUGCCAAAGGACUUGCUGCUCAGUACAUCCCCAGAUUCCAUCACUCCACCGGCCUGGACGAGGAGAGGGACACUCCGAAACUUGGGCGCAGAGAUUUCACUCUGAAUUUUGGAUUUCAUUGAUCUGCAUGUAGCUUCACGGUCUCGAACUAAACGUUGAGGAUUUCGAGGCCGAGGACAGCGGUUAUCUUGCGACUUGUUACUUUUCAGAGCCAUUGUUUUGAACUGGUUUCUCAUGUUGAAUCAAACUGGAUGAGAGUAAGUUGAGCGGAAAGUUGCUGUGGGACGCCGCAGCAGUGGGCAAUGACUGUUGUCUCUCAAGAUGUUGACUCUAGACGGCCUGGAGAUGAUUGCUGUGCUGGUGGUCAUGGGUCUCUUCAUCAAAGUCCUGGAGCAGUUUGGGAUGUUUGAGCCGGUCGGUGGGGAAGACAGCGUGGAAGAUGACUUCGAGCUGUCCACUGUGUGUCACCGUCCAGAGAGCAUGGACAAGCUGCAAGAACAGACCAAAUUCACCAAGAAGGAGCUUCAGGUCCUGUACAGGGGAUUCAAAAACGAGUGUCCGAGCGGUGUUGUGAACGAGGAGAACUUUAAAAACAUAUACUCCCAGUUCUUUCCUCAGGGAGAUUCAAGUAUGUACGCACAUUUUCUGUUUGAAGCCUUCGACACUAACAAGAACGGCUCCGUUAGUUUUGAGGACUUUGUAUUUGGGCUGUCCAUCAUUCUGAGAGGGACGAUUAAUGACCGGCUAAACUGGGCGUUCAACCUGUAUGACCUUAACAAAGAUGGCUGCAUCACUAAAGAGGAAAUGCUGGACAUCAUGAAGUCCAUCUACGACAUGAUGGGAAAGUACACGUACCCCACUAUGCAAGAUGAUGCGCCCAGAGAACACGUGGAGAGCUUCUUCCAGAAAAUGGACAGAAAUAACGACGGCGUGGUGACUAUAGAGGAGUUCAUCGAGUCGUGCAAAAAGGAUGAGAACAUCAUGCAGUCCAUGCAGCUGUUUGACAACGUCAUCUAAGAGCUCAGACCAGACCACACUCUCACACCAGGGAGGGGAGGAGGACUCACGGAUGUGUGAACGUGUGUGUGUGUGUGUGUGUGUGUGUGUGCAUGUGUGUGUUGAAGAACUGAGAGCCUCCGGGUGGGUGUCCAGUGGAAACCCAGAGGCAGAAACUCCCACUUCCUUUAUCCGUAGUGGAGCUCAUCUCCAAGCAACAGUGGAGUUGUCCAGUCCGAGUAGAGACUCCCAAGCAGAGAUGUGUUUUCCCCGAGAAGCUGUCGGCUCAGUGACACUUAUCCUUUCCCUUUAUUUCCUGAACCUGCUGGUGGAACGCCUGCUCAUACCAGAGUGAAUUUUCUUUCUUUGCAGACUCACCUUUUUUCUCCUCGUGUUGACUUUCGAUCAUAGCCCAGCCUCUGUGCAUGUUCAACCAACUGACCCCGGGCAUCGACUUGGGUCCGGCAAGUGGACGAGUGAGACAUUCCAAAAGGGAACGAUCCACGGAGACUCAAGCGAAUUGCAGUUUGUUUUCCAGAUGUUAUUUUUUAAUGGUCUCAAUACGCAUGAUGUCACUAAUAUUCAAUGAUGUAUUUAUAGAAACGCUCCAAAGUCGGCUUAUCUGUUCCCGGUCAUUCACAGGUGCCUCGCCCUCUGCAUAUGUCUGUGCGCGACUAUGUGUGUGUGUUAGAUCUGUCCUUGUGGAGACAUUAUGCUUUUUUGUAGGGAUAUUUUUGCCAAGGUAAAUCCUCAAUUUGAGGGUGAAAACUUCAAAAUUAUAAUAUAUAUAAUUUGGCUCAGAGUCCUGGUUAAGAUUAACCGCUUGUUUUUGGAUGGUUAAGUUUAGUAUGAGAGGCUGGGGAAAGCAUUAUGUCAAUGACAGGUCCCCACAAGGAUAGAGAUACAAACGUGUGUGUGUGUGUUUUAGAAAUAACAUCCACAUCCCUCAAACAAAAUUAGAAAACAUGCCAUUUAUAAUCAUACUUACAGUUAUAUAAUGACAAAUCUGGUGCCACGAGAACAGAGUGAAACAGCCGUUGUUAUAAAUUAAGUCUUGUGUCUGGAACUAGUGAAGAUGAUCCCAAUCAUGAUCCAAUAAACCUGGAAAACCUUUUGAGAGGGCAGACCCCUGCCAAGCAGCUCUUUUCUACCCUUGCGUGAUUUCAAGCCACUAUUGUCAUCCUACAUUCAUUUUAUCAUCAUGAGUUGAGGCCCUUAUAGCAAUGGAAGUUACUUUGAUUUGACUUGUUUCUAUUUAAAUCAGCUCAAUGGCAGAGCAGGUCCAGACUUGCCUGUACGAACCAGUAGGAACCGGGUCUGGAAAACUGCUCUCAUUGAAAUCAGAUCAAAACUUAAUAGUUUAUUGGCCGAUAAUCUGACUGUAAUUGUGAGCCUCUAAUAACCACUGAGAAUUUAAGAGUAAUAUAUCAAAGGUAAACAAGAUGAGAUCGUAUAGCUGAGCUUCAACUGUACAUUGUGGGACUUGAGCGUUUGGAGGACUUUCAACUGACGGGUCAUUCAUAUCAUAUUUAAUAUGAGUCCACUUUUGGGUUUGACCACUUGUGCCAGUCUGCCUAAUCUGUCUUCAAAUAUCGAAAAUGCUGCUGCUGGAAUCAAACCGUUGCCUGCACAUCUGAAUGUCCACUAGCAUCAAAUGUAUAGCAUAUCAAAGAUAGAUGAGAGAAACAUAAUAUGUGGUGUUCACUGAAAUAAUAUCAGUCAACUGGCUACAGGCCAAGAUAGAAUGCUGCUUUUACAACAAAACAAAUGACAUGUGAAAGUUUCUUUUUCAGAAGAAAAACAAAAAAAAUAAACUUUGCUUCCAUCUAAAAAGAAAAAGAAAUUCAAAUUAAUGUCACAAUUGUCCAACACGGGUUGUGAUCUGAAUCUUCUGAAUAUUUGACAGUACUGGCUGAAGGAGUCUGUUUGUCAUUUGUCGCAUUUUUUUCCGAGUUUGUCGCUACGAAGGGUGGCUUGCCUCCUACAUCAUCUCAGACAGUCUAUCAAUGGGGAAUACCUCCGUUGCUGUUGGUACUUGUGAAUAUGUUCUAGAAGGUCUAUUUUACUCGAUGAUGAAUGUGUGAUCAUCCAUGUCCACCGGUUUAUUUUGACACCAAAGAGAAGAUAAGGUCCAGAUCAGACACUCACCAGGGGUUCAUCUAAAAAUGGCGGUGAGACGGGCGAGAGCCAAUCAGAGACAGGGAGGUCGCUGUCUUCUCUGAAGUAACGGAUUCAUUUUAAAUUCAGUCUUUUCUUUCGAGGACGACCUUGCAGUUUCAAAACCUUUCGUAUUUAAUAGCAAUAACAUUCAUCACGAAUCAGUAGUGUUCAGCCUCCUGCUCCUGAAUUUGACAGCCGCUUUAUUUCGGGGGGUGGAGGGGUGAGGCGCUCCGACUCUGAUUGUCUCUUGCCGGUAGUGAUGACCCAGCACUGGCCACAAGCGAAACCUGUCUUUCCCUGCAUGUGCUCCGUCUAGAACAAUAGAAAUCUACUAAUCUGUUGUACUGACUGUCUAGUUUAGCUAGCUGGCCUCAACUCCUUGCAUUGGAAAUCUAAAUGUGUAUAUUUUGUACAGAGACAAUAAAGUCACAGUUACUAUGCAAGAGAAUGACCCUUCUUGAAUUUCAACAUCUUUAAUAAUGAAAUAAACCAGUGUUUUU